ACAACCACAGCUUCUCCCACUACAACCACAGCUGGCCCUACAACUACCACAGAGGCUCCAACAACAACAACAGCUGCCCCAACAACUACUACAGAGGCUCCAACAACAACAACAUCCGCUCCCACUACAACCCCAGCUGCCCCUACAACUACCACAGACGCUCCGACAACAACCACAGCUUCUCCUACUACAAACACAGCUGCCCCUACAACGAGCACAGAGGCUCCAACAACAACCACAGCUUCUCCCACUACAACCACAGCUGGCGCUACAACUACCACAGAGGCUCCAACAACAACAACAACAGCCACUCCUACAACUAGCACAGAGGCUCCAACAACAACCACAGCUUCUCCCACUACAACCCCAGCUGGCCCUACAACUACCACAGAGACUCCAACAACAACAACAGCCACUCCUACAACUACCACAGAGGAGACUCCAACAACAACAACAACAGCCACUCCUACAACUACCACAGAGGUUCCAACAACGACAACAGCUGCUCCCACUACAACCACAGCUGCACCUACAACUACAACAGGUGCUCCCACUACAACAUCAGCUGCACCUAUAACCGCAACAGAGGCUCCAACACCAACCACAGCUUCUCCUACUACAACCACAGCUGGCCCUACAACUACCACAGAGGCUCCAACAACAACAUCAGCCACUCCUACAACUAGCACAGAGGCUCCAACAAAAACAGCCACUCCUACAACUAGCACAGAGGCUGCAACAACAACCACAGCUUCUCCCACUACAACCGUAGCUGGCACUACAACUACCACAGAGGCUCCAACAACAACAACAGUUGCCUUAACAACUACUACAGAGGCUCCAACAACAACAACAUCCGCUCCCACUACAACCCCAGCUGCCCCUACAACUACCACAGACGCUCCGACAACGACAACAGGUGCUCCCACUACAACAUCAGCUGCACCUACAACCGCAGCAGAUGCUCCAACAACAACCACAGCUUCUCCCACUACAACCACAGCUGGCCCUACAACUACCACAGAGGCUUCUCCCACUUCAACCACAGCUGGCCCUACAACUACCACAGAGACUCCAACAACAACAACAGCCACUCCUACGACUACCACAGAGGUUCCAACAACGACAAAAGGUGCUCCCACUACAACAUCAGCUGCACCUAUAACCGCAACAGAUGCUCCAACAACAACCACAGCUUCUCCCACUACAACCACAGCUGUCCCUACAACUACCACAGAGGCUCCAACAACAACAACAGCCACUCCUACAACUAGCACAGAGGCUCCAACAACAACCACAGCUUCUCCCACUACAACCACAGCUGCACCUACAACUACCACAGAGGGUCCAACAACAUCAACAGCUGCCCCAACUACAGAGGCUCCAACAACAGCCACUCCUACAACUACCACAGAGGUUCCAACAACAACAACAGCUGCGCCAACAACUACGACAGACGCUCCAACAACAACCACAGCUUCUCCCACUACAACCACAGCUGCCCCUACAACGAGCACAGAGGCUCCAACAACAACCACAGCUUCUCCCACUACAACCACAGCUGCCCCUACAACGAGCACAGAGGCUCCAACAACAACCACAGCU